AUGUUUAUGGUCUUCGUGUCCGCCUUUCUUGCCAUGGUCAUGGUGAUGAUGGUGAUGUUCUUCAUGGCCAUGAUGACCUUUAUGUCCUUUAUGGUCUUCAUCAUAGUGGUGCUUGUCAUGGUGGCCCUCUUUACCGUGAUGGUGCUCAUGGUGCCCGGAAUGAUGAUGGCCUCCCUUUUUAUGAUGGCCGCCAUGUUUCUCAUGAUGUCCGUGAUGUUUACCAUGCUUGUGAUGUUUACCCUCCUUGUGGUGGUCGUCGUAGAAGUGGUGGUCCUUAUGAUACUCGUCCUUAUGGUAUUUCUUAUGGUACCCUUCGGUUUCCUCGCCUUUGUCGUGAUGCUUCUUGUGGUGGUGUUUCCCGCCCUUGUGAUGAUGACCGUGCUCGUGGUGCUUCCCGUGGUGCUCGUCUUCGUCCCAGUGUUUCUUAUGGCCACCGCCGUGCUCAUGGUGAUGUCCGGCGUGGUGGUGCUUGUGAUGAUCACCGUGUUCGCCUUUGUGAUGAUGGUGGUGUCCUUUGUGGCCUUUGUGGCCCUUUUCACCGUGCUCGUGGUGAUGGUGUGCGUGGUGCUCUUUACCGCUACCUUCUUCGUGGUGGUGGCCCUUAUGGUGACUGGCGGCCGUUAU